UGUUUAUCGAGAUAUGAAUGAAGACACGGUAUAAGAUAUAAGAGGGCCGACGAACAGCAGUCAGUAUUGCGCUGAAUCUUGAUUUCGGUCGUACGCGAUCUCCAGACUCGAUACGUAUCGUUAGAGGAUCAAGAGUGAUUCAAUCGCGGAGCAGAUAUGCGGAUCUGGGUACUAUUUACUAUUUUGCUGAUUGUCACGGUGCUCGUCUCCGAUGCGUUGGGGAAGAAGCCUGGAAAGGAAGUGGAGUCGAAAAAAGGCCACGAAAGGAAAAAGAAGGAUGUAGCGUAUUCGAAAGAAGGAAAAUGGAAGGAUGGAGAGGACAAGAACUUACAGCCGAGGAAAAGGAAGAACAGCGCGUCGGAGGAAAAGAACGCGGAGAGCUACUCUGAAAACGUUGUUGAAAAUGAGGAAUCAGGAAAAGGGCACAAGUCGAAGAACAAGAAACUGAAAGGGAAGGAGAACGCCGACCCUCGAGCCAAUUCGAAAUAUGAGUCUAAGAAGAAAACUAAAUAUUCUGGUGAGUCUCAAGAAGUGCGCCAGAAAGAUUCCAAGAGGUUGAAAGAUAAGAAAUUGAAAGAUAAAAAAGUGGAAGAACAAAACAACUUGGAAAAUGAAAAGAAGUCAAAGCAGAAAGUGGAAAGUGAAAAUCUGGACAAAUCCGAGAAGGUGACGAAGGAAGGUAAGAAGAAGAAGGUCCAGAAGAAAGAAAAACAAACGAAGGUGGAGGAAGUUGAGGAAACACCGUUGGAAGUGGAAGAAGAGGAGACUAAAGCGAAAUCGGUGUCGAAAAAAGACAAGAAGAAAGCUGAGAAGAACAAACGCGAGAAGAACAGGAAGAAACGAGAGAUACAAAAUGACGAAGAGCUAGAUACGGAAACUCUGCCAGUUGUGGAAGAAGAUCCGAAGAUAGAGGAAGCGAACGGAAAGACGAAAAGCUGUUCGGUGACGGAACUUGAAGAAGCGGAGGACAAUGAUACGAACGAGAAUUGCGUGGAUGAAUGGAACGAAGCGUGAAAAUAUCAUAUUAUAUUAUUCAUGAUUUAUCGAUAGGAUAUUGAGAAGAUCGUUGAAUUAAUUUCGCACGAGUCAACAAUGCUCGGCGGUAUUGGUUCUAGCCAAUACGAUAUCAUAAUGAAUUAUCGACCAAUAAUAAUACGAAACGUUGUACGAAAUCUGAUUUAUUUCAUCUCUACCCACAUCGCACAAACAUUACGUUAUUUACAGAUAAUAGUUGUCGGACAAUCGCCUUAAUUCGUUUACCUUUUCAAAGCACUCUACCAUAAAUAUACUGCAUUGUUAACAUGCGAAAUAUACAUACACUUUGAUAGAAUAAAUAUAUUUAUAAAUCGUU